AUGGAGUUUGGUGUAGCCACAUUUAGCGCGGUAGCUGCCGUCGUCAUAUCAAAGCUCUGCGUGGUGAUGGAAAAUAUUUUAAAGAAGGUCCCGGAAAUUAGAGCUGAUGUUAGGUGCAUCAAAGAGGAUCUGGAGGCGAUCGAAGCUGCCAUUGAACUUCAUGGUCUCAAUCGCGAACAUGUCAUAUUCAUUGCACAACUGAGGCGGCUGGCAUAUGACAUCGAAGACUGCAUCGACCGCUUCGAUGCCAAGAAGAUGGUCCUCAAGGAUUUUGCCAAAGAGAUUGUCAUACUCAAGGAAAUAUCGACUGAUACGACCAACAGGAUACAGAAGUUUAAUUUCCUUGCAGAAGAGGAUGACAGGACUGCACAAGGGCAAAGGGCUGCUGAUGUCCCAGCAGAGCUUCAGAAUCUCGGUGAUUAUAACCCCAACUGCUUGCUAUACUUGUGCUUGUUCCCUCGUAAUCAUCAAGUCAGGACUAAGCCCCUAGCAAGGAGAUGGCUGGCCGAAGGACUAGUACAAGGAGAACAGCUCGCAGUAAAAAAUAUGAAAAUUCUCACCAACUCGAGUAUCUUCAGUUCCAUCCAGAGAAGCAACAAUGGGGAGGUGAGGAGAUGCCAACCUACCGACGAGACGUUCCGGUACAUCUCCCAACAGUCGGUAUCAGAGAAUUUCGUAUUGUUCUGUGAUGGCGCGGCCCAACCAUCGCAGGGGAAAUCAUUGCAGGCCCAAGUCGCCCGCAGGCUAUCUGUGCAUCCUUCUGCAAACGUGCAACUGAAUUUGCCUCAGGAUCUGUCUCGUCUCCGGACCCUGGCGGUAUUCCCUGCCGGUGAGGUGAAUCUCGCCAGUUAUGAAGACGUUUUAGAUUUUGCCAGGUAUCAAGUGCUGCGGGUGUUGGAUCUGAAAGAAUGUGCUCACCUGAGCGAAGAACAUCUCAGAGAUAUCUGGGGCCAGGUGCUCAUCAAAUAUCUGAGCAUCAAUUUGGGUAGCAUUGCUGAGAUUAAUAGCUCAAUCAAGCACCUGGAUCAGUUAGAGACACUCGACCUGAGUGGAAGCCAAACUGUGACGGUGUUCAAAGAAGUCCUCCUGCUGCCCAAAUUGAAGCACCUCUUCGGGAGGUUCCAGCUUUCCAAAAAAGAUACCUUCACUCCGGGAUGGUUACUAACAUCAGGUCUACAAGAGUUCCUGAAACGUAAGAGUAGGCUGGAGACGCUGGCAGGAUUUGUCACCAAUGAGAGACUAGGAUUUCCACAACUGUUGAAUCUUAUGAAGCACUUGCGGAAGGUGAAGAUAUGGUUCGAAUCCGACGCUAGCGAAAGGAACGUGAAAGUUCUUUCAAAAUCCAUUACGGAAUUCAUUGGUGCUGGUGUCACUCAGCCUGAUCUUAAUCGGUCCCUGUCCAUUGAAUUCGAAGAAUGCUCGGGAGAGUACGUGAAUAAUAUCAGCCAAGUUGCAGGCAUACUCGCCUCGCUCAAGCUGCGCGGCAACCUGCCCCAAUUCCCUCCGUUUGUUGCAGGACUUAGUGCUAUCGAGGAGCUGUGCCUUUGGUCCACUGGGCUGACCUGGGAGGUUAUUCGAGCCGGGCUGAGCAGGGUGAGAGGACUGAAAUAUCUGAAGCUUAUUGAAGAUAACCUUGGGCGCCUCGACGUACUGUCUGAAGCUGAGCACCUCAAAGCCAUUGAGCGGAUAUGCGUCGUGUGCAAGCAAAGGCUGGAAGUAGCAAUCGCAGCUCGCCCGCUGCCUAAUCUUGUGUCACUUCAUAUCCUCUGCCAAGAUCUGCACGGUAUUCCUCAUAAUCCCCUCAUCGAAAUCACACGCAUGGCAAAACUCCAGGAAGUCGCGCUCCAUCAUCAAGUAGACGAUACCACAAAAGAUGAACUGCUACAAAUUGCGGAUGGCCAUCCUAAUACGCCCAAAGUUUUGUUCCUCGAAUAUCUCUUAUAA